AAGUCAUCCCGAGUCGACACGCAGCGUUGGAUUUGCAAAUUAUUUUCUCAUUUUACAUACAUUUUAUAACGAAAAUCGCUUGCAGUAGUAGUGCAAAUUGUUCAUACUUAUUACCGGCAGCGAAUAAUAAUUAGUGUCACAGGAUUGCGUCGCCAGCAGAGGUUAACAAAAAAACUAUUGGACGCGUGUUUUGCCGACAAAACUGGUUGGAGAGGAGAAGACAAAGAAGUUAGUUCCCCACCAUAUUUUGCUCUAUAAAAAGGGUAAAAACUAGUUUUGCGAAAAGAUAAAUUUGCCAACGUCCUGCAAGGGUGCGUCCACUAGUGGAGAGGACGAACAAAUCAGUUUCGCGCUCUGCUGAUUUGAAGCGGUGCAGCGAAAGAUAUCUAAAUCGCCUGUUUAGCGCAAACACUAGCUAGCCCUGGACAAUAUCACAGUUAACGGUACCUGGCGGAAAUACUGAGAGAAAGCUAAAAUGACGUGGGAACCGCAGCAAGAAGGACUGAACCAAAUUAUUACACUGCUCAAACAAUCGCAAUCCACGGACAAUGCAAUUCAGCGUGCAGUGCAAAUGAAACUGGAAGAAUUAAAUCAGUAUCCAGAUUUCAACAACUACCUAAUAUAUGUACUAACAAAGCUGAAAAGCCAAGAUGAACCAACACGCUCGCUGUCCGGACUGAUCCUGAAGAAUAACAUUCGCAUUCACGGUACGCAGCUGCAGCCGGAGAUCAUCGAGUACAUCAAACAGGAAUGCCUGAUGGCACUAGGCGAUCCUUCGCCAUUGAUUCGGGCCACGGUCGGUAUUUUAAUCACAACUAUCGCGAAUAAGGGCAGCCUGCAGAGCUGGCCGGAGUUGCUACCGACGCUAUGUGAUAUGCUAGAUUCACAGGAAUACAGUGUGUGCGAAGGUGCUUUCGGUGCAUUGCAAAAGAUCUGCGAGGACUCGGCAGACACGCUGGACAGCGCUGCACUCAACCGUCCACUGAACAUAAUGAUUCCGAAAUUCCUACAAUUCUUCCGCCACUCCAGUCCAAAGAUCCGUUCACACGCGAUUGCCUGCAUCAAUCAAUUUAUCAUCAACCGAACACAGGCACUAAUGUUGCAUAUUGAUACGUUCAUAGAAAAUCUGUUCCAUCUUUCGUCGGAUGAAGAUCGAGAGGUUCGCAAGAAUGUUUGUCGCGGGCUAGUGAUGCUGCUGGAGGUCCGAAUGGAUCGGUUGAUGCCACACAUGAAUAAUAUCAUCGAGUACAUGUUGAUUCGAACUCAGGAUCCCGACGAAACGGCACUAGAAGCGUGUGAAUUUUGGUUGUCACUUGCCGAGCAGACCGUUUGCAAGGAGGUACUGACGCCACAUUUGCCACGACUAGCCCCGGUGCUGGUUCGAGGUAUGCGGUACUCUGAUAUUGAUAUCAUUAUUCUAAAGGGCGACGUGGAAGAGGACGAAAUGAUUCCCGAUCGGGAAGAAGACAUCAAACCACGGUUUCAUAAGUCUCGCACCCACACGCAAAAGGCGGGCAUUAUGGGCGCACAAGAGGUUGGAGCGCGUGCGAUGGAAGGGAACGAUGAGGAGGAAGAUAUGGAUGAUCCCUACGACGAUAUGGACGAUGACAGUAAUCUGUCCGAUUGGAAUUUGCGCAAAUGUAGCGCUGCUGCCCUCGAUGUGCUGGCGAACGUUUUCAAGGACGACUUCCUUCCGAUUCUGCUUCCCAUUCUAAAGGAAACACUAUUCCACUCGGAUUGGCAAAUCAAGGAGAGUGGCAUUUUGGCGCUGGGAGCUAUUGCCGAAGGGUGUAUGAAUGGAAUGAUCCCCCAUUUGCCGGAGUUGAUUCCGUUUUUGAUUUCUUGCUUGUCGGAUAAGAAAGCGCUAGUGCGGGCGAUAACCUGCUGGACGUUGUCUCGUUAUGCUCACUGGGUUGUUAGUCAGCCACAUGAUCAAUAUUUAAAACCAUUGAUGGAAGAGUUACUGAAGCGGAUUCUCGACGCUAAUAAGCGUGUUCAGGAGGCAGCUUGCUCUGCUUUUGCCACACUCGAAGAGGAGGCUUGUACCGAAUUGGUUCCAUAUUUAGGUUUUAUUCUGAAAACUUUAGUAUUCGCUUUUGGUAAAUAUCAGCACAAAAACCUGUUGAUACUGUAUGAUGCCAUUGGAACACUGGCGGAUUCGGUUGGGCAUCAUUUGAACAAACCAGAGUACAUAAACAUGCUGAUGCCACCGUUGAUUCAGAAGUGGAACAUGCUAAAAGAUGAAGAUAAGGAUCUGUUCCCGCUGCUGGAAUGCUUGUCCAGUGUGGCGACUGCACUGCAAUCCGGAUUUUUGCCGUACUGUGAACCAGUUUACAGGCGUUGCAUUUCACUGAUCCAGCAAACGCUAAACCAAGAUCUUGCCAGUACGGCUAGUCCUGGCCAGUACGAGCUGCCAGAUAAGGAUUUUAUGAUUGUCGCCCUGGACUUGCUGUCUGGAUUAGCGGAAGGCUUGGACGGACAAAUCGAGUCACUGGUGGUGAGCAGUAACAUAAUGCAACUGCUGUAUCAAUGUAUGCAGGAUUCGAUGCCGGAGGUUCGACAAUCUUCAUUUGCACUGCUGGGUGAUUUGACGAAAGCAUGCUUUGUGCAUGUUCAUCCUUUUAUCGGAGAUUUUCUGCCCAUCUUAGGUCAGAAUCUCAAUCCAGAGCAUAUUUCCGUUUGCAACAAUGCUACUUGGGCGAUCGGAGAAAUUAGUAUUAAGCUGCGCGAAGACACCAAGCCAUACAUUCCGCUGGUGUUGGCACAGCUGAUCGAAAUAAUCAACAAUCCAAACACACCGAAAACGCUGCUGGAAAAUACCGCAAUAACAAUCGGUCGGCUCGGUCUUGUGUGCCCCCUUGAAGUGGCUCCCUCGUUACAACAGUUUGUGCGACAGUGGUGUUCCUCACUCCGCAACAUUCGCGACAACGAGGAGAAAGACUCCGCCUUCCGUGGAAUGUGUCAGAUGAUUACGGUAAACCCCGUUGGGGUGGUGGCCGAUUUUAUCUUUUUCUGCGAUGCGGCAGCAUCUUGGAUGAAUCCAAAAAGCGAUCUACACGAGAUGUUGCAAAAGAUUCUGCAUGGCUUCAAAACCCAGGUUGGUGAGGAAAAUUGGGCCCGUUUCGUGGAGCAAUUUCCACCCCAGUUGAGCGAGCGUCUAGCGGUGAUGUACAGCAUCUAAGUGAUUCUAAGAAACCGAACGUAUGUAUUGAUGGUUUCGACGGUAUGUAGCAAAUUAUUUUAUUCUAUUGAUUUGCAAACGAUCGGUUGCGUUCGGGAGGUGAUGCAUCAGCAACAACAAGUAAGACAGGGUCCAAAGAAAUCCUUUCGAAAUAAGUAACAAUGACGCGAAAGUCUGCUUUUGUUUUUGCAAAAAAAAAUAUCCCAACUAAAAAUCUAUGGUGAUGAAAAAGAAAACAGGUUGCUUUCAGAGCAAAAUUUUGAUUAUUUUUGAAUUUGUAAAUUCGCUUAUAUUUGUAGGGAAACAUUGUUUUAUUCAAAAAGUAUGUUUUUUUUUCGAAAUUUAGUAGGGCUUACUAUGCCUUGUAGGCUAUCGAUGUCGCUAAGUAGGGCUUUUAUGAUGCGGAAAUAAGGAGCCUGCUCUCCUUGUAUUUCGUAUACUUCGGCGAUGGAAAGGUCGUCGUUGAAGAAACGCAAAACAAAUAAAAUACUUUCAAAUUUUAAGAUGUACUCUAAUCACAAUGGUAGGUAAACAGUAAGCGCAAAAUAUUAUCGUAAUCGCAUAUUUAAACGCAAAGGUCGAUUGAGAAUUUAUUGCAAAAACAAACUUUACCCUUUGAUGAGUGUAGGCUAUCGACUAGCUCAAAAAGGCAGUCUUUCUGCGUAAUGAUAAAACAACCCACUCCUACCGAUCAAUUUUCUUUAUGAAUUCUCACAAAAUCCUUUCUAAAUGAUCCUGCGUCCAGUGUGCAUUAAUAUAAACGAAACACGACUCCUUGCUGGAGACUUCUGGUUCUGGUUUGCGAAGUGAGCGAGAGCAGUCGCAGCCGUAACUGCGAUGAGAAUAUUGAAACAAAAACGAAAAAAAAUAUGCACAGCUAUCAAUUUGACUAAUAUUUUCACUUCGUAUAUUCGUACCAUUGUCAGUGUAACUGAGAAAUGAAUGCGCCUGUGAUGAAUGAAUGAACGUGCUAAAAUUCGAGUGAAUAGUUUUCUGCCUAUGUUAACGCUAGGAAAAUGGACAUGCAAGAACAAAUUAAAUUUGAGAAUUGUCAUGCUAUUUUCACAUUUCUCGUUCGAUUAAGUUACCCUCUAAUUUCUAGAAAUGACAUAUACAUAAUUUGGUCGCUAUCGUAAAUUGCUGUCAGUUUCAAGGAAACGAGUUGUUUAAUUGUUUUCUUUGGUAUAUUUGCUUUGUAACUUCUGUACAAUUUUCUAAGAUUUUCAACGGGGAAUUUUUUUCGCUCUCCUUACUGAUGUAGUGAUUUAUGGCUAGUUUUCGCCUUAGUCUGAAAUAGGUAGCUGAAGCUGAAAUCUAACAAACCAAUUAAAAUCAAAUGACUCAUAACGGAGCAUAAAAGUCAAUUCUAAUUCUCAAUUCUUUAAUCGAAAACAAUAGAAACGCUCCUUUACCUUGAAACUGUACAAAUCGUGAUAUUUUUAGUAUAACAUACUACGCCUUUUAAUCGUUCUAAUUGUGUUGAAAAGAAAAACGUUUGGUGUAUAAACUAUCUAUAAAGAAACAAAAUUAAAUACAAAUAAACUGAAACAAAACAAGAAGAAAAUCAGAAGACAGCUAGUAUGACAUUUAUAGUAAUAGUAAGCAAGUAUUUUGUACCAUCGGGAAUUUCGGGUCGCGUUCGUGUUCGUCGUUAAAAAUCGUGGUCGUCGUCGUCGCCGUCGUCAUAGUUCUCCGGUCCGCGGAUUCCGUGUGCGUCUUAGUUAUUAACUGUUAUUUUUUUCUGUUUAGUUCUAAUGUGGUUUAUUUUUUAGUUCAAAUCGUGAAACGAGAAAAGACCAAACUUAAGUUGAACAGAUACUAUCUGAACAGGAGUACUGCAACAGUUCCUUUACUGCAGCUGAUUGAUCAAACAAACAAAAAUAAGCAAAAGAAACAUACUGAGAGAUGCUAUAAAAUAUAUACAUAAUGGUGCCAUUAGGUAGUUAAACUUAUAACAAAUAUGGUUUUUUAAAUAAUACAAAACCCCGAGGAAGCCUGCAACUUAUCAAAGACAAAUACAAAAUUAUAGAUAAAAAGCAAAUUUAAGGACUAAAAGAGCUGGAAACUUACCGUCAAAAAAUAUAGAUGCAAAUACUAAAAUUUGACUGACAACAAACGCCGUUGUGCAGCAACAUUAUUAGGUUAACAAAACGAAGACUGAGAAAGUGAAAGAAAAAACAUAUUCCUCAAAUCGAAACAAAAAUCUCUGUUACUUACAUUUGUGUUUUUUUUAGCUGCGAUAUAUAUAUUUCAAGUAGUAGUUUAACGAUAUUAGAAAGAAAAGGCUUAUUCAGUAAUAUCUGUUCAAUACAAUUCGUAGAUGGUGGUAUACAAAGAAAAAGUUUAACUGUUCGUUUCAUUUUAAGCGUUAGAAAUCGUAUCGCCGCGUAUCGUGUCGUCGUUAUCCGAAUUCGUCGCGUUCGGUCGUUCCGUAAAUUUGUAGCAAACAAAUCGCGUGUCGCGUUCGGGAGCAGGGAAAACAAACCUAAUGUGAAACUCGUAUUUUUCGUGAAAUCGUUCCGCCGAAAACCGUUGUGAUAUAAAAACCGUGUUCGUUCGUUGUUAGGAGAUUAUAUAUAAUAUAUCUUUUUCUGUUUUAUAGGUUUCAAUUAACAAAUUUUGAGUUAUGUAUCUUAGGAAAUCGCGCGUCAUCUAUCGGGUUCGUCAAACAUACGUAUUGAAAGCCCUGUUGUUGGUCCGCCGCGUAUGCCACAAUGAAAGGUGCUAAUAAAAAAAUAAAGCUGAUUUAAGGUUCAGAAUACAUAUAAAUAUAUCAUAAAAUGAUCAUUUUAAUAAAUAAUACACUGUUCUAUUUGUUGACGAGUGCAGUCUAAUUGGAGCAGACGUUUUAGUUUAUCUGGGUUGUAUAAUGCUGUAAAAUGCAGCUAGCCAAAAUCAAUUCGAUGAUAGAAGCCAGUUUUAACCUCAUCAAUCGUUUCAUCACAACAGCAAUCAACAUGCAUACCACACACAAAAAUCAUCACGUAAAUUAAACCACAUACUGAGAUUAGACGAAAGAAACAAAAAAAAAACUAAAUCAAAGAUGAAACACAACGUCACUACUUGAGAACUGGGUUCCUCUCGUCUUUCAUCUGCGCUAUUUUCGCCCCACAUCUAGAGUGAGGCUACAAUAACACAAAAAAGGACACAAACCAAGCACUAGUUACUGAUUCAGGAUCAAACGUAUAGCAAACGAUACAAAACAGAUAACUUUAUAUUGAUCGCUUUACACAGUUUAUACAAUGAAAGAAAAAAGAGAAAAAAAUACUAAACAAAAUCGUACGUACCUUAAAUCAAGAAAUAAACCAGUCUCCGGGGACUUGGUCGCGUCGCGUUUUUCGUCGCGUUUUCGUGUGAUCGUAUUUUAAAGAAAACAGUUCCAAAACUACUAAUAAACAACUAAAAACAAGAAACAAAAGCAGUACACCUAACGUGAAAAAAAAACUUACAAUAUAGCGCAUAGUGGCUGUGAGCCACAGAAAGCCUGAAUUAUUGGACGCUACCGGAGUGCGGGGUCACCGCCGCACAGGAAGCUGUCAGCGAUUGGGUUUUUAGUACCAUCAGCAAUCCAAACUCUUUAUCGUAGUACAGGCCGAUCUAUACUUAAAAACGAGAAAUAAAUUGCUAUUAUAAUGUAGUUAAUAUUAUUAUCAAUGUAUAAGUACCGUAGUACCGUACCGUAUGACAAGUGUGACUGAGUCGAAUGGGUGUGUUGUCAGCAUUUGCGAACAAAAUGGUUUAAGAUUACAAACAGAAGUCUCAAAAGUCCUAUCCUUUGGUCCCAUCCGUCAGAACUCUGAACGCCGAAUAUCCUAAGAAAUCCAAAGAUCAAUAUUUUCUUUUAUAGUAUUGAUUACACCUUCUGAACAACAGUCAACUUAUUUACAUUUGUCAGCAUUAGAAGAAAAAGAAGAAGAAGAAGAAGAAGAACAUAAAACAAUAGAUAAACUGGACAAAACAGUCCGGCGGAUGCUGCUUAUACAUAAACUUUAACAUAUACACUUACACAUAAUCGCCUCAUAGUCGCAGUGUUAGUUGGAACUGCUAAGUGGGUAAUGAUGAUAUACAUCUCGAGACUAUGAGCAAGUUAGCAUGGAGUAGAGUAACGACAUAAGAAUUCAAUUUUUGUACCACACUUUUGCAUGUCUUUCCACUUACAAGAAGGAGAAGCUCUAUCCAGCUCAAUUCUAGUUGAAACGUGUAGCUUGGCAGGUGUGUAGUCCGUUUCCGCAGGACUCCGUGGUAUUUCAACAUUUCGCUUGGGGUUUGAGAUAGGAAUGUAGCUUUAAUUGAAGUCAAUAAAAUUAGUAGUACGAGAAGUGAUA